GAGCCGCAUUUAAGUUUUUUGUAUUUGGAAUGAUUUAUUGAUUUUUCCCCUUUUUGUGGAAUUGCGAGUGUGCGCCCUCUAUAGGUGGUGACGGUGCCACCCUUGAAAUGGCUGCCAGACACGCAUGACGGGGAGAAGGCGGGCGCAAUUACCGUCAUUGACCUCAGUGCUGAGGCCGUGAACCACGCUGUCUCCGUUUGGGCCUGUUCAGCUUGUUGCAGCGUUUAGUUAUUUGGACUUUAAAACUGCAAUUGCAUCCUUAUUUUUUGUGACAAUUUUUAUACAAUAAAACCGGCAACAUUGGAUGGUCAAACUCCCUUUGUAUUGGAUUAUUGGACAGAACUGCGAGUCUUGACAUUGCUUCUCCUGCUUUCUCCAUGGUGGUAAAAUCAAUUAGGACGUAGGAAUAGGAUCUAGGGGUUUAAAGGAAAAAACUCAACUGUUUUUGCCACUACAAUUCGUCAAUGACGAUGCUUGGAUUUUCCCCGAAGAUAUUCACGCAAGCUGGACACAGGAAUGUCGGCCUAACGCAUGGUGAACUUGAAACAAAGGAACUCUUCAACGGAGGUAUGUGCUUGAAGAUAUCAUUCUUUUGAUGGAUUUUUCGUUGACAAACAAUAUUGGAAUAAUUAAGAAACAAGUUUUCAUGGAAGAUUUGUGCAUUAAUGAACUGUGAUAAUUAUUUUUGGAAGUUAAUGCCGACGUGGCCAAACAAUUGAAUGAGUGGAUACACGGCUUACUUUGAGUGUAUGAAACGAGAAGAUACUUUUGGAAGAUACUUCUUGGAAAUUAUAUGAACUGUUUUGAACGUUGGAUACAUUUGAAUUAAGAGAAAGAAGAUAAAUAUUUUUCGUUAUUUUUGGAAGUUUAUUUUUUGAGUACAAUGUCUGACGACGAGGCCGAAGUGGCUGUUCUAACAAUGAGUGAACAGGCCGCGCGUUUGCGCGCAACUAGAUCGGGAAAAAUAUCUCGUGUAACAAGGAGAAUGAAUAUUGUGAACAAUUUGAUGAUUGACAAAGAAUCCCUUGAUGAAGUGAAAGGAAACAUGAUUAAGUUUUAUGAAGUCUUUGAAGAGUUUAACACUUCGAAUUCAACUUACGUUCAGUGUUUGGAUGAGGAAUCACGCAAAGAUGAUGACGAGAAGUGGUGUAAGCCGCGAUCAGCGGAGAUAAAUGCUUUUAUUGCAAAUGUGAAUGAAUGGAUUUCACAAAUAGAAAAUCCUCAAGACCCUAGCUUAGGUGAAGCAACGUCUUCUGCUGUACAAACGGAAGAGCCAGAGCCUCUGGCUGAGUCUGAUUGUGGAAAUGAUGAACAUGAUGCAGGCACGCAGGCAAACGUUGAUAACACCGAUGCGCUAUCAGUUGUGUCCAGUAGGUCAUCUAGGUCGUCUAGGUCAUCUAGGUCGUCUAGAGCGUCUUCAUCAUUGCGUAUCAAUGCAGAAGCAGAACGAUUAGCUUUAAUUGCCAAAGCUUCGAAAUUAAAGGAGAAACAUGCAAUAGAAGCACAGGAAGAAAUGUUAAGAAAAAAGAAGGAAACAUUGGAUUUGGAUGCAGAAAUUGAAGCAGCUACUGUAAAAAUCAACUAUCUAAAAGAAGCUGAAAGUAAUAUGUCUAACCCCAUGCAAUCCAACACUGCUGUAUCUAACCUUGUGCCUUCUGUUAAAAUGCCUGUAUUAGGUGCUGAAGCAGCUCAAGCCACAGCUGAUGCAUCACAAGCACACCUGGAGAAAAGGCUAGACUAUUCGCUUCAUCUUCAUGAUCGCACUGCUCCAGCAGUCAGGACUAAGACAGGUGCCAAUGUCCAAUUUCCCCUGCCUAAUUUAGGUACAGAUAGGCAAGACAGUAAGCCUAUUUUCCUUCCCAGGAUCAGUAGUGAUAUAAGGCCACAACAGCUACACCCCUCAUCGCAUAGCUUUCCCUCUGCCCGAUAUGCCUCAUCACAUAGCCAUCUCUCUGCCCAACACUCAUCUCAUAGCUAUUCCUCUGCCAUUCCCCCUGUCAUUUCCCAGUCAUAUGCUAGCUCAGAUCAAGCCACUCGGUCCACUGUGACACACCAGCAAAUUCCCUCUUCAACCAGCUCACCGCAGGACAAUCAUGUGAUCAAAGUAUUGGAGAAUCAAAGUGAAUUAACCAGGAUGCUCAUGAAACAGCAACUUCUGACUACACUACCUCAAGGAAAUAUCCCACUCUUUGACGGACAAGUUCUAGAGUACAAAUCAUUCAUUCACUCGUUUGAAAACAUGAUUGAACAGAAAACAGAUAACAAUAGAGACCGGUUACAAUUUCUUAUUCAGUAUACUAAGGGCCAGGCACAAAGACUAGUCAAAAGUUGUGAGUACAUGUCCCCAGAUAGAGGCUAUCAGAAAGCAAAGCAGUUACUGAAGGAAAACUUUGGAAAUGAAUACAAGAUAUCUUGUGCAUACUUGGAAAAGGUCCAAUCCUGGACUCAAAUGAAAUCUGAGGAUUCCAAAAUGCUGCAGGAUUAUGCCAUGUUUCUCAGGAGCUGCUGCAACGCUAUGGAGGAAAUGGACUACAUGCAGGAACUGGACACCAUAUCCAGCAUGAGAAGCAUUGCCCUCAAGUUGCCAUUCAAGCUCAAAGAGAAAUGGCGUAACAAGGCUUAUGAACUCCAAGAACGGCACCAGCGUAGGGUAAGAAUUUUAGAUCUUGUCUCUUUCAUUGAAAAGCAAGCCCGUAUAGCAGCUGAUCCAGUUUUUGGUGACCUUCAAGACCAGUCAACUAGUAGAGCUAAGGUUAGAGCCCCUACUCUGUCACAGCCCUCAAAGUCAUCUGGCAGUAGCUAUGCCACUAGUAUUGCUCUUGCCCAAAAAGAGACAAAGCCUGAACCAUCUUGCCCCCUCUGUAGCUCAAAGCACACAUUGGACUUGUGCAAAGACUUCUCAAAGAAAAUGCAUAGAGACAAGAUCAGUUUCUUAAAGACCAAGGGCAUAUGCUUUGGAUGUCUCUCCGCAGGCCACAUUAGUAGAGAGUGCAAAAAGCGACUCACAUGUCAAGUUUGCAAGAAAACUCACCCAAGCGUCUUGCAUAUUGGGAUUAACGACAGCACAGCUAAAGAAGCAGAAAAACCCUCUGGUGUUUUAGGCAGUGCAUCAGCAGAGUUAUGUGGUCAUAUAGGGGCCGGAGACCAAGAGUGCGCACUUUCCAUCGUCCCAGUUAAGGUUAAGGCAGCAAAGGGCAGCCAAGUCUUGCAAGUGUAUGCUCUCCUGGAUCCAGGGUCUUCUGCUACCUUCUGCUCAGAGGAGCUCAUGACACGUCUCAAUCUCAAAGGAAGGAGAACACAAAUUCUUCUACGAACAAUGAAUCAGGAAAAUUCUGUUCCCACGCAUGUUGUCUCAGGAAUUGAAGUUUCAGCAUUGGACAGCGACAACUUCUCACCUCUUCCUGACACUUUCACUCAGAAGAAAAUGCCAGUAACCACUAACAACAUCCCAAGACAGAGUGACUUAGCGCAAUGGGCGUAUUUAAGUGAAGUCAAAAUCCCCUCUAUUAGUGCAAAGGUAGAGCUGUUAAUUGGAACAAAUGCUCCAACCCUGAUAGAGCCGUGGGAGGUUGUUAACAGCCAAAGUGGGGGCCCUUAUGCAGCUAGAACACUAUUGGGGUGGGUUGUAAAUGGGCCACUUAGAAGUGAAACUGGCAGUGCAAAAAGUGUUACGGUGAAUAGGAUUUCAGUGGCAAGGCUAGAGGAGCUUCUGAUCUCACAGUACAAUCAGGAUUUUUCUGAAGUUGCCUCUGAGGAGACAACUGAAGUUUCUAUUGAGGACAAAGGAUUUCUGAAAAUGGCCAAUGAGGCAGUUCUGAAUGAUGGACAUUACAAUCUGAAAUUGCCCUUCAGAAAGGCUGAUGUCUGUAUGCCAAACAAUCGCCAAAUUGCAGAACAGCGCCUCCAGAGCCUAAGAAGGAAAAUGGAAAAGGAUGAGCAAUAUAAACAGGAAUAUGUUGCAUUUUUCAAUGACAUCUUUGAGAGUAAUUAUGCAGAGGAGGUCCCACAGGAAGAACUUGCACAGUCAACAGGAAAGGUAUGGUACUUGCCACACCACGGGGUGUACCACCCUAAAAAGAAAAAGCUCAGAGUAGUCUUUGAUUGUGCUGCCUCUUACCAGGGUGUAUCCCUUAACACCGAACUGCUGCAGGGACCUGACCUGACAAAUUCCCUCAUUGGAGUCAUCAUGAGAUUUCGCAAAGAGCCUGUUGCAAUCAUGUCGGACAUCAAGUCAAUGUUCCAUCAGGUUAGAGUAGCCAGAUCUGAUGUUAAUUACUUGCGAUUCCUGUGGUGGCCAAAAGGUGAGACCAGUCAAGCACCCAAGGAACACCGUAUGCUUGUACACAUAUUCGGUGCAGUGUCCUCCCCUAGCAUUGCAAGCUUUGCAUUAAGAAAAACUGCUGCGGACAAUGAGUGUUGUUUUCCCCCUCAAGUAGCCGAAACAGUCCGGCACAACUUUUAUGUGGACGACUGUGCAAAGUCUGUGGCCAAGGAAUCAGACGCCAUCCAGCUGGUGAAAGAUGUCACUGCACUAUGCAGCAAAGGUGGGUUCCAACUCACUCAGUGGGUCAGCAAUAACAGGGCAGUUUUAGCAUCAAUCCCUAAAGAACACAGAGCAAAGGAAAUCAAAACACUGGAUCUCGACAAAGACAGUUUGCCCAUUGAAAGAGCACUGGGACUGCAGUGGUGCGUGGAUUCUGACCGUUUCCAAUUCAACAUCAACCUGAGCCAAAAGCCACACACCCGCAGAGGCAUACUCUCUGUUGUUAGUUCCAUCUUUGAUCCACUAGGCUUUCUUGCUCCUCUCAUUCUCCCAGCUAAGCAGUUGCUACAAGAGCUCUGCCAGCGAGGCUUCGGAUGGGAUGAGCCUCUGCCCCAGACAGUGUCUGAAAAGUGGAUGGAAUGGACCAACAGCCUGGAUAGGAUCAAAGGCUUCAGUGUGCCACGCUGUUUGAAACCAAAGGGCUAUGGAAUGACAAGCCAUGCCGAGCUUCACCACUUCGCCGACGCCAGUGAGAGUGGCUAUGGCUCAGUCAGCUACAUCAGACAGUUGAACCAGCAGGAUGUCAUUCACGUCACUUUGGUCCUUGGAAAGUCCAGAGUUCUUCCCCUUAAGAACAUCACCGUGCCACGACUGGAGCUGGCAGCUGCAGCUUUGCUGGUGAAGGUAGAUAGAAUGCUGAGAGGAGAGUUACACCUUGACCUAAAGCCUUCAUGUUUCUGGACUGAUAGCCAAACAGUGCUCAAGUACAUUGCAAAUGACCGAGCAAGGUAUAAGACCUAUGUAGCCAAUAGGGUCUCACUGAUUCGGGACAAUACAGACCUGUCCCAAUGGAGAUACGUAAGCAGCAAGGACAAUCCUGCUGAUGAUUCAUCCAGAGGAUUGAAUGCAGGAAGAUUCAUGGAGCAAAGGAGAUGGAUACAUGCCCCUGAAUUCUUAUGGAACACAAAGGAAAGUUGGCCAGAGGAGGAAGUAUUGGACUCGGUGUCACAGGACGAUCCAGAGGUCAGGAAAAGUGCUACUGUAUUGGCAGCAGUAGUGAACCCUGCGACACCCACAGACCAGCUUAUUUCGUUCUUUUCUGACUGGAGGAGACUACUCAAAGCAGUGGCAUGGUUUAUCAGACUGAAAAAGAUGUUGAUGCUGAUUGUGAAAAGAGGAAAGGAGCAGCCCUCGUCUCAAGUCAGCACCCGCUCAAGCAGGAAAAAGGUGAGGAUACAAAUUGAAGAUUUCAGGACCUACCUUGGUGGGCAGCUCCUCACUGUUGAAGAUCUUGCAGAGGCAGAAAGGUCAGUCGUCACAUACACCCAAGGACAAGCCUUCGGUGCUGAAAUUGCAACACUGGAGAUGAUCCCACCUAGAGUGCACAAGGGCAGUAAGAUCUGCAGGCUUGAUCCUGUCCUAGACGAGGGCAUUCUGAGAGUAGGUGGCCGACUGCACAAAUCUGCAAUGCCUGAGGAAACCAAACACCCCUGCAUCUUGCCCAAAGACUCGCACAUCUCGAUACUGCUCUUAAGACACAUCCAUGAACGAUGUGGCCACAAUGGCAGAAACCACAUGCUAUCGGAGCUCCGGAAAAAGUACUGGAUUUUAAAAGGCAACUCAGUUGCCAGGAAGGUGCUCUCAAAAUGUGUCAUGUGUCGACGUUCAAGGGGCAAGGCAAGUGAACAGAAGAUGGCGGAUUUGCCGUUAGAAAGAAUCCUACCUGACCUCCCUCCAUUUACCAAUGUCGGGUUGGACUACUUUGGCCCGUUUGAAGUGAAACGAGGGAGAACUGCCAUCAAAAGAUUUGUCUGCAGGAGGGGCCAGGUGAAGCACAUCAGGUCUGAUAAUGGAACAAACCUGGUGGGUGCACACGGAGAGCUCAAGAAGGCCCUGAAGUCACUGAACGAGAGGAAAAUCCAAGAUGCCCUGCUUCCAGAUGGAAUCGAAUGGAGUUUCAAUCCACCAUCAGCAUCACACCAUGGCGGAGCCUGGGAAAGGCUCAUAAGAUCUGUCCGCCAGGUGCUGAACUCUACUCUCCAUCAACAGUCCAUCGAUGAUGAAGGCCUCCAAACACUGUUUUGCGAGGUGGAGGCAAUCCUGAACAAUCGUCCUCUCUGCACAGUGUCCUCAGACCCACAUGACCUAGAGCCACUGACCCCAAAUCACAUCCUGCUAUUGAAAGCCAAGCCAAUCCUACCCCCUGGAACCUUCUUGAAGUCCGACAUCUAUGCCAGACGUCGCUGGAAACAGGUCCAGUACAUGGCCGAUCUUUUCUGGCAAAGGUGGACCAAAGAAUAUCUUCUGCUGCUGCAGGAGAGGCAGAAAUGGACUUCACUAAAGAGGAACCUUAGUGUCGGAGACAUUGUCCUGGUCGUUGACCCCACUGCUCCUCGAGGGUCCUGGCCAUUAGGAAGAGUGCUGGAGACGAAACCUGAUGCAAGGGGUCUAGUGCGGUCAGUGAAGCUCAAGACAAAAACUUCAGUCCUUGAGAGGCCCAUAACCAAGCUGUGCCAAAUCCUUGAGUCUGAAGAGUGACCAGGGUUCCUGAUCACAUUAGAAAGGAAUGUAAUGUAUACAUGAUUUCAUACCUUCUCUAAACCAUUAUGCAUUACAUACUUCUAAAAGCAUUAAGUGCUUAUUUACUUUAUUGAUAAAUUGACCCCUCUUUUGGCUCCUUUCAUGUUAAUUUAGGUAAUUGAUUCUAUAGAGAACAAUUAGGGGCCGGUGUGUAGGAGCCGCAUUUAAGUUUUUUGUAUUUGGAAUGAUUUAUUGAUUUUUCCCCUUUUUGUGGAAUUGCGAGUGUGCGCCCUCUAUAGGUGGUGACGGUGCCACCCUUGAAAUGGCUGCCAGACACGCAUGACGGGGAGAAGGCGGGCGCAAUUACCGUCAUUGACCUCAGUGCUGAGGCCGUGAACCACGCUGUCUCCGUUUGGGCCUGUUCAGCUUGUUGCAGCGUUUAGUUAUUUGGACUUUAAAACUGCAAUUGCAUCCUUAUUUUUUGUGACAAUUUUUAUACAAUAAAACCGGCAACAUUGGAUGGUCAAACUCCCUUUGUAUUGGAUUAUUGGACAGAACUGCGAGUCUUGACAUUGCUUCUCCUGCUUUCUCCAUGGUGGUAAAAUCAAUUAGGACGUAGGAAUAGGAUCUAGGGGUUUAAAGGAAAAAACUCAACUGUUUUUGCCACUAC